CCGCCACAACCUACUCCAAGCCUAGUUAGCCCCCAUCAUUCCCCCUUAGUGCCUCCCAGUUCAUCCGUUUCUGCUGUCGCUUCUGCACCGCCUUCUGGUCCUGCAGGUCCUGGGGUCGAGGACUCGUUGACCCAGCUAAGAUCCUUGGCUAGCGGAACUCCACGACCCAGUGUGCGACCGCCAAGUCAAGCGUCAUCGGUGCCGUCCACCUCCUCGUUCACGUCAACACAGCCCGGUGGCGCUGGAUUUGUCCCACAUGUUCAGAACAGGACGACUGCCAAUGUGUCAUCAGCCUCUUCUGCUUCUGCAGCGACUGUUUCGCUGACCACACCAUCGACUUCGCAAGCCGCUGUUGCUCCACCUACAACCACAGCAGCAGUCGUAUCUGCCGAAUUGGCAGCGAAUAUCAGUCCGGAACGACUGGCAGCCUUAAAUCCACUGAUAAAUGGCGGAUUUUUGAGCAGGGGCGCGAACCAGAUGCUGGGCACUGGGAAUGCCAUGGACCCUUUAAUUACGCAAUUUUUGCUGAGUCAAGCACAGCAUAGUCAACAACAGUACCUCGCCGGAAAUUCGACAGCAAACCUACUGGCUCGUUUUAUGAUGCCGCCGAUAAGCGGCACGAACACUUCGGUACAAGGCGCUGGUGGCAUGGGAAAAUGA